AUGAGUUGGGUUCCAGACGAAUGGAAAUCGUUGAAACAACAUCAACAACAAGAACAAUAUUCUACUCUGAAAGAUGAGGAUGUAAGAGAACAUUCUACAACCAGUACAGAGCAACGAGGUGAGGGAAAGGUGGAACCCUCAUCUUCUUCAUCAGCUACAACAACAACAACGAGUAAUAGAAAGGAUUUUGAAUCGACCAUUGAAAGUACGAACAAACCAAAAAUUGGAGAUCCAAAUUAUCCGUUUGCCAAGUAG